GAGAGAGGGACAACUCUCAUUGUUUUUUUUUGUUGUGUGUGUUUUACGCAAUAACCGUCGACUGGAAGCAAAAAGGAAGAAGAGUACAAAAUCAGCACAUCUGUAACCUAUACCGAAAAGACGUCGCUCAACACUGGAUCAGCUCUUUGCUCUAAAAAUACAACAAAGAAGGUGCGGCGCCUCCUUUCUUUCAACUACCUUUUUCUUCUUGUUGCACGCAAAGCCAAUAACACCACCGAAACUUUUAGCGCUGUGUGUCACAAAAAAUGAUGCAACGCAACGUCGGUCGUCUCUUUCUCGGUGGCUUCACCAGCGGCUUUUCGAAAGGAUUCUCUGGCGGUGGUGGUGGUCAGGGGUUCAACUUGUUUGGCGGCAAAGGUGGCAGCGGCGGUCUUGGCAACAUGGGCGGCGCUGGCGGGAGCUCUCCUUUCGGUGGUCCCCUGGGUGGUUUCAUGGACAAGGCGUUAGAGUGGUGCAGCGAGUCCCACGCCCGCGACAUUGCGCGCGAGAUGGGCGUGGACCUGCGCAACAUCAAGUUUGAGAAGACGCCAGAAGGCGGAAUGAACGUUAUGGUGGACGCGCCAAACGCGACGCCUUUGCAGAUUGAGCAGCUCGGCAAACGCGUGCAGGAGGAGUGUCCGGUGGCGCGGUUUCGCAAAACGCAGGUGAAGUCACCACAACAAGCAAUGAAGUGGGUGCAGCUGCCAUCAAAUUACGAUCGAUAA